AUGUUAAUCAUAAAAAACUUGGACGAAAUGAUCAUUUCAUUUCUGGCGUACUUCAUCGGACAACCCGAUCCCAGAGUCCGGAACUGGACGAUGAUGGCCAGUCCGUUCCCCACAUUAGCAAUCAUAAGCGUCUAUUUAUUAUUAGUUUUGUACAUAUUACCUGCCUAUAUGAAGAACAGAAAACCGUUUAAGUUAACACGCACAAUCAGAAUUUAUAAUAUUCUUCAAGUAAUAUCAUGUGUCGCUAUAAUUUACAACCUAUUAACGGCAGGCUGGAUACAGGGUGAAUACAGUUACGGUUGCGCCCCAAUAGACUACUCCAACAACCCCAAUCCCGUUAAAAUGGUCACCCAAUUCUACUGGCUUUAUUGGUUGAAGGGCGUCGAAUUGGUAGAAACCAUCUUCUUCGCUCUCAGGAAGAAAUUCAGUCAAAUAAGCGGCCUGCACGUUUACCAUCAUGCCUCAACAUUCUUCCUAGCUUUUGUAGGUUGCAAAUUUAUUGGAGGUGGAAUGGCCUCAGUUCCAAUUAUAGUGAAUUCUUUUAUUCACGUCCUCAUGUACACCUAUUACUAUUUGUCCUCGUUGGGACCCGAAUGGCAGAAAAAACUCAGUCCAUGGAAACCCAGACUCACUAUGUGCCAAAUGAUACAAUUCACAUUACUGAUAAUACACGCGAUGACAGCCAUACCAUCGAGCUGCGCAGUACCGAAGCAAUUCCUUAUGAUUUACGUGCCAAACGUGAUUGUCAUCUUCAAAAUGUUCUACGAUUUUUACAACGCCAGCUACACGAAAUCGGCGAAAAUGCCGAAAAUGGCCCAACAGAACGGUAUCAACGGCCACAGGAAAAGCAAAUGA